AAAGAAUUAUAUGUCAUAGUAUUUCAAAAGCUCCUCGAAAAGUUCACGAUCAGUCUCCAAGGGCUUAAGAAACUACGAAAAACACUCUUUAAAGAUGACGGUCGGUACAUUAGAACACCUAAAGACUAUGGACCUCUGUACAGAGGAAUGAUCAAGGCAUUGGACAAAACUAUCGAGGAUAUCAGAGGUAGGAUACGCUUUUGA